UCACAACUCCUCAACCAAAAAUAAAAGGUGUAAGAAUAAAAACUCAAUACCCAAAAAGUUAAUCCAUAAUGUCUUGAAUCUUGAUCCCUCAAACACAAAGAGUGCAAUGAGUUUUGGCAUAAUUAAUGUCAUUAUUUUUGUGUUUUUGGUAGCAUCCAAUAAUUUAGGGGUGUCAUUAGCGUUACCUGCCGGAAAAACUAACCACCAUGUAAGGCAUUGUGUAUGGAAUUAUCCGGCCAUUUUUAACUUUGGUGAUUCCAACUCCGACACCGGCGGCAUUGCGGCGUUGUACGGACCGGUGCCUCCUCCAAAUGGCGAAACCUUCUUUGGUGGUUCGGCUGGCCGUUUAUGCGAUGGUCGUCUCUUUAUCGAUUUCUUAGCUGAAAGUUUGGGAUUACCAUUUUUGAGUCCAUACCUAGACUCAGUAGGCUCGAAUUUUAGCCAUGGAGCCAAUUUUGCGACAGCAGGUUCGACAAUCAGACCUCAAAACAACACAUAUUUGGACAUCCAAUUUGCCGAAUACUCCAACUUUUACCAAAAGUCCCAAAUAUUCAGUAAACAAGGAGGAGUUUUUGCGGGAUUGUUACCUAAAGAAGAGUACUUCAGUCGUGCUUUAUAUACGUUUGAUAUUGGCCAAAAUGACAUCACUACUGGCUAUAGACUAAACUUGACCUCUGAGGACAUCAAGGCCUACAUCCCCGGUGUUAUUGAUCAAUUCACCGAAGUCGUAAAGGGUGUGUAUGGAAAAGGAGGACGGGUAUUUUGGAUCCACAACACAGGCCCAUUGGGCUGCCUAGCAUAUAUGCUAGAACGCCUUCAACCUGCACCGGCCCAAAUUGAUAAACUUGGAUGUGCAAGCCCAUUAAAUGAGGUUUCCCAAUACUAUAACAGUAAGCUUAAAGAGGCUGUGGUUCAGCUAAGGAAGGAUAUGCCUUUGGCUACAAUCACAUUUGUUGAUAUGUACUCUCUUAAACUCAACCUCAUCUCCGAAGCCAAAAAUUUUGGAUUUGAGGAACCUCUAGUAGCUUGUUGUGGCAAUGGAGGAAAAUACAACUUCAACAGCACAACGAAGUGUGGAAACACAGACACUGUGAAUGGCAAAGAGAUUUUGAUUGCAAAAUCAUGCCCUAAUCCAUUGAAACGGGUAAUUUGGGAUGGAAUUCAUUACAGUGAGGCAGCUAAUAAGUGGAUAUUUGAUCAAAUAAGCAAAAAUCCCUCAUAUUUAGACCCACCAAUCUCUUUGAGUAGGGUUUGUCGACAGAGGCGGAACCAUUAACCACAUUGUCUACCCUCUUUAAAACAAAUUUAUUGUAUACUACCUCGUGACCUGAGUUUAAAAUCUUUUCUGAACACUUUAAUUUUGAUUUGAUUAUUUUAUUUCCCAUUCUUUUUAA